CAUUCAUCCUUUUUAUUUUAUAAAUAUGUCUGAAAAUAAUGAAAAAGAAAAUAGUACAAAAUCAACACCACUACCCCUAUUACGUAAUUUUAAUAACAAUAGUAAUGAUUUGCCGCCUACAACUAUUUUACUUCAUAAGCGAACGAAUUCAACUUUAACUUUGCCUCCUGACAGUGAUUUUGCAACUUCUUCUAUUUUAAACAUGCAAACAAAUUCAGAUUCACAUUCUAUCGAAUUUCAACCACAAAAUUUACUGGAAAAUAGAAGAAAGAGUAUCAUGAGUAAUUCUUCUGCAAAAAUCACAAAUAAUAAGGAUGAUCGAUUUGGAAGUCAUCUAUACGAUGACGACAAUGACGAUGAAGGCUCACGUGACGAUAACCUAAACGGUGAAGAAGGCGAAACCAUAAGUGAUGAUGAUGAUAUUAGUAAAUAUAAUAACAAAAAUAUCAAUUAUGAGGAUUCAUUAAGGUCACCUCUUCAGCGUAAAUUUUAUUACUUUUUUGAAGAGCCCAAGUCUAAAUGGGCAAAAGCAUACGAAGUAUUAUCGAUUACAUGUACAAUUAUCACUGUUGUAAUCAUUUGUGUUGUUUCUUGGCCGACCAUUUACUUACGUGAAAAAGAAAUUUAUCAAACUUACUGGGUCCCCUUUGAUGUUGUUGCUGUUAUUAUUUUUACUAUUGAAUACUUUGGAAGAUUUUAUGCUUCAGUAAAUAAGUGGAGGUUCUUUUUUAAACCUAUGAGCUUGAUUGACUUAAUUUCGAUCAUACCUUUUUACGUUCAAUUAAUAAGUAAAUCAGAGUCCCAUUUGAAAUUUAUUAGAGUGUUGCUCUUAUUAAGGGUUCUAAGACUAUUCAAUGUUGCAAAAUACACAGUUGGCUUUAAUAUCACUGCAAGAGUAUUUCAACGUUCUGCCUAUCAAAUUGUUAUGAUUUCUGUAUAUUUGAUGGUGAUAUUAUUAGCAUCUUCAGCUAUAAUGUAUUUUAUAGAACGUGGUGAUUUUCACAAAAAUGAUAUGACUUGGUACCGUACUGGAAAGGAUGGAAAGCUUGAAGCCAGUCCUUUCCAAUCUAUUGUUCAUAGUUUUUGGUGGUCAAUAGUUACUCUCACUACCACAGGUUAUGGUGAUGCUGUUCCAGUCACUGGUCCCGGAAAAUUAGUCGCCGCAUUAACAAUGACAUGUGGUAUUCUGGUUAUCGCACUUCCAACUUCUAUUAUCGGAUCAAAUUUUAAUAACGAAUGGGCUCUUCAUCGUCGAAUUCGCGCUCAAAUGAGAUUGCAAAAAACACGAGAAUCACUUUCAGAGUUUACGACUAAGACUAGAAGAAUAAGAAUUCUUCAAAAUCAAAAUCAGACUAUGCUUGAAGCAUUGGCAGAGAUUCAAGAAAGAUUAGCAGAUAUUAAUCCACCGAGGUAUUACCGAAAAUAUAAGAAACUUGAGUUAAAACAUUUGGAUGCAUUGGAUAGAAUUACAGAAUUAGAGGGAAAAUUAGAAAGAUGGAAGAAAAUAGCUCAAAAUCUUGACACAUUUCAUAACCAUAAAUUUCAUCGAAAAGGCUACAGUGAUUCAGAUGCCGGUGAUGGCAGUAAUAUUUCUAUUGGAGAAGAAGAUAAUAAAAAAAUUGGACGGAAAUGGAAGAAUCUACCCUUUCGGCACUUUAACACGGCCUCAAACAGAGAUGUUACCAGAUUUGCAAGUGUGGAAUCCGACAAUAAUAAUCUAUCCAAACAUUCUUUACUUUCGCCUUUUAAGACUUUAACAAAACUAGGAAAAACGUUAACUUUACCUAAAAACAAUAAAAACGAUGGAAAACCGCAGUUUACAAAAGAAUUAAUAAGUUCUCCUAUAGAGUUACGAUAUUCAUUCACUCCGAUUGUAGAUCCGGAAAAACCAAAAUUAGUUGGUCGCCCUAGGUCUUCAAGUGCAUCUAAUGUGAAAUCACAAACCACGUUACCUAGUGAGGAUAACACUGCUAAGAAUAUAGAUAAAGACUUAUCAGCUGAAAAUAUCGAAAAUGAAAACAAUUUUACUAAAACAACUCAGAACAAUCAGGACAUUACCAUCGAAAAAAAUGAUUAUAAUUUAGUAAAUAAUUCAUCUCGAAAUAAUCAAAAUACCGAAACAGGAGAAAUUGAAGUUAUUGUCACAUCGAAUAAUUCGAAUAAUGAAAAUUUUUGAUAAGAUAAUUAACUAAUAUUUCUAUUUGAAAAUUUAAUGUC